AUGUCAUUGAGAGAAACACAUAUUUAUGAUAUCAAUAGUCUGUCGGACAAGGACAAAUUCAAAUUAUUAUCUGCUAAAGCUCUUGAUUAUAUUGAUCAGCACUGUGUCGUAUCAAUUCGUCUCGAUGGUACUUAUAUUCCACCAGAAUUACGACAAUUGCUUGAUCAUAAACGUCCACUUCAUUUAAAUGUUACAACUCAAGAUGCAUUUUCAUUUGAAACAUUUAAACGAUGUGUUACAACAUAUUUAUCAAGAGAACGAGAAUGUGAUGAAAAUAGUGGUGGACAAGGAAAUUGGAGUAUUAUCGAUCAAGGAUAUCAAACAACAGUAAUUAUUGGAUAUGUAUUUGAUGGUAUUAAAGGAUAUAAUGUACCAAAUUAUAUCUUUGAAAAUUUGGCUUAUUUUAUUCGAUGUCUUCGACAACAAUAUCGAUGUAUGGUUACACUUUCAUGUGAAUCACCAGUUGUUAAAUUAUCAUCGAAAUUAACAGUGUCUAUAACACAUGAAUCACCAAUAAUUCGUCAUUUAGCAGCAACUUAUAUGCAAAAAUCAAUGAUAUCUGCAGUAACACAAUGUGAAAUGUAUCAUGUUAAUCUUAUUUUACAUCAAAAUAUAUCACCAUCAAUUGGAACACCACCUCGAUUAAUUCAACCACCAUCAUUAAAUGAUUCACGUCUUAUUAUACCAUCAUUAUCACAAAAUAUUAAUAAUAAAUGGAAUUCAAUACCAUUAUCAGAUGGUCCAUCAAAUUGUAAUGAUCCACUCAAUUUACAUGAUAUAUUUCAAUCUGUUGCACCAACUACAUUCGGAUCUAGUUCGAUUCAAUCGACACCAUCAGUUGGUCAUCCAGCGAUGACUCGUCAAUAUCCAUCAUCAUCAAUAAUUCAAAAUCUUACUAAUACUCUUGAACAAAUAAGAUUUGAUGAUUGUCGUUUGAAUCAACAUUAUUUAUCUACAAAUAUACCGAAUAAUAUUGAAACAUUUAGUCCAACAACUACUAGUGGUAUAGAUGAUUAUCAACAUGAAACUCGUCAACGAUGUGUACCAAUUGAUCAUGCUUCUCAAUUAGGAGCCAUAUCUGAUGUAACAGAUGAAGAAGAAGGAAGUACUCGACGUGUUGAUCAACGUCCUUUCUUGACACAAAUUCGUACACUUCAACAUCGAUUUUAUUCAUAUGGUAUUCGUGUUGGUGAAGAAUAUUCUCGAAUAACAUCGAUUCUUAAUAUUCCACCAUUGAUAUCGAUUACAGAAACUGCUCGGGAAAGAAAAAUUGGUACUAAGAAACAAUGGUAUUUUUCACUUUUACUUGAUGGUCACCUUAUGCUGGCUUAUGUAUGGGAUUCGAAGAAAAAUGAUGCUAAACGACGUGCAUAUGAUACAAUGGUACAUCUUCUCAAUACAACACAUGAAUUCUCAAUUAAACCAGUCAAAAACAACAAAUGGAAAGUAGUUAAAGCAACUCGACAACGUUAA